CACUCAGAGAGCUGCAGGGUUUAAACUCACUGGAUCCAGUAUAACUCUCUUCACCAGUAUCACCAGUAUGGGUUAUUCCAGUAUUCUGAUUGGUCUGCUGAUCGCCAUGGCACAUGGCCAGACUACAACAGAAAAUCCAUCUGAAACUGUAGAAACUACACAAAUACAGGAAAUCACUGCAGAAACACCGGAGAUGAUCACAAACAGCACCACCAAUCAACUAACUAAAGAAAUCACUGCAGAAACUACAGAGGAAACUCCAGCCAACGAGACGCCAACCUCCCAGACCACAACUACAACUACAGAUACAGUGUAUGAAGAAUCUCCUUUUCCCACUCACGACCCUCCGUUUAUAGACGUGAUGCCAACCACCCAGACCACAACUACAACUACAGAAACAGAAACAGAAACAACUACAGCUAAAGAUACAGAUUCAACUACAGAAACAACUACAACUACAGAUACAGAAACAACUCCAGAUUCAACUACAGAAACAACUACAGAAACAACUACAGCUAAAGAUACAACUACAACUACAGAUACAGAAACAACUACAACUCCAGAUUCAACUACAGAAACAACUCCAGCUAAAGAUACAGAUACAACUACAGCUUAUGAAACCUCUACAACUGAAAUCUUGUUUACAGAGGGUCCUGUCACUACUGCAUCAACUACAACAUAUGAAAACACCACGCCGCCGUUCUUCACCACAGAACACGGUGGCACUACUGCAUCAACUGGAAAUGUUGAAACCACUACACCCCAGUUCUUCACCACAGAGAGCACUACUGCUGCUGCAUCAACUACAACCUACAAAAACUCCACACCCCAGUUUACCUCCACAGAGAGCACUACUGCUGCAUCAACUGGACAACACCAACACUCUACACCCCAGUUCUUCACCACAAAGCACACUACUGGCACUAGUGAGCCACCUACAGUGUAUAAAACCUCUGCAGCCCAGCCUCCUACAACCAGACGCUACGAUGGAACCAGUCCUCCAUCUACAGUGAAGAAUCUGAAUUUUCACACAAUAACAAGCAACCUGGAGGUGGAGCUUCUGGCCCCGGAAGAUUCGACGGAAGAGGAACGUCAGCGUGCACUAUAUGAAGCUGCUUGUCGACUGAACAACUACCUGACAAAAACAUACGAUGACAUCGACUCUGUAGAAAUAAUAAGCAUCACCCCAGAUGAAGGGUACUGGUGCCUGGAGUCUCACAGGAAGUGAUUAAUCAGUGGAGAAGAUCAAAUCUCAUGUUUUAUUUAGAAACCGUGUUAAACAGUAGUUCUGUCUAUAAAAUGGCAUUUAUUAAUAUUUCUGACCAGUGAUUUAUUAACCAGAGCUAAUCUGUAUGAGUUUGGGAUGGAAUCACAUAAAUAUCUGUGUUCAAAUAUCUAUAGAUAUGCAGGAUCUUCUGAUUCUGGAGAGAAUUUACUUGGAAUUGUUGAGUAUUUCUCAGAGGAUUUGAUUGCAUUUAUUGAAAAGAGCACAGCUUACAUCAACUCAAAACUUUCAGGAUUAUUAUAGAAUGCAGAACUUCCUUUACUCAGUAAACUCAGUAUCUCAUAAUAGCUAUUUCAUAUCUUACACACUUAUCAAUUAUUGUACAUUAUCAAUAUGUAUAUAAAUAUCCAUAACUCGUACCCAACUCCCUAACUCAUCCCAACUUCUCAACUCUUCCACAACUCACACUCAUAGUUCCUAUAGUUGCUAUAUAAGCUGUGUUUGUGAAUGUGUUUAUGUGUAAAUAUAAAGGUAUAUUGUUGUUGUUUUUGUUUACAUGUUUACAUAUAUAAAAUAUUGUUCUUGAUUGGAGAUGAUGUAUAAUCAUAUGCACUAGAUUUUUAUAAAUAUGCAAAUGAAAUGAUUGUGUUGAGGUGAGUAAAGACAGGUUAAUUAGUGUCAGUCUCAUUAACACAUUAGUGCUGUGGUCACUUUGAUGAAAUACAGUUUUAUUAGAUUUAAUGCUUAAUAGAAUAAUGAUCUUUUUCUAUGAUGCACUGUCACUUUUCUGUGAUGCACAGGGAUAUUUGUGCACUGCAGUAUCACACUGUUUUAAUGCAUUGUAACUCUACCAGUUUGAAUUAAAUGCAUGAAU